ACGACGCCGACUACCUCGUAACCCUGCACAAGAUGGAAUUGCCUGGGUAUACUUUCUUUGAAGGCGUUUCCAUGCCAUCAAAAAGGGACAUGAAUAUCCUCAAAGCGGCGCGCCAACGAGAGAAACCGAAGACUCACGGGAACUUUACCAUAUGGCGGAACCCCGACUCUCGCUUCUCCACUUUGGCUCGCGGAUACAUGAAUUCAGGGGCGGCAUCAUUACUUGUCUACAUCGCAAAAACCCCAAACCGGGAUUUUUUGGAACCGAGGAUUGUGCGGUACGAAGCCAAGGACAAGCCCACCAACGAGCCCACCAAGGAGCAGUCGGAAGUCUUUGUGAUUGGAGCACCAAGUGAUAAGGAAUGUGGCCUGGUCAUGAUGUUUCGACCACUAGAUACACCACUUCGUAGCGACGACGGCUUCUUUGAGAUCUACCCUGGCUCGCAUGAGUGGAGCCUGCCCAAGAUUGAUGAGUGGUUUAGGCAAUACCAUAGCGAGGCACCGGGUGAAUCGAAGUGGGAUCCGGUUACAGUGGAUUUCAAUCAGGUCUUACUGGUUCACGCUGGGACGCUUGUCCGAUUUGGCAGGAGCUCAACUCCGUGCGAUUUCGUAUGCAUGGGCUACUCGGAUGACCAGGCUGACUUUGGCCGGCGCGAUAUUAAGUUUGAGCAGUAUGUAGUGCCAUUCUUACGACGGGUGCCUGACGCAUUGAGGGAAAGGAUCCUCUCACGCCCGCCGAGAGGAGAGUGAACCGUAACAUAGUAUCAAGAAUACCAUUGAAAUUUAAUCGGCAAAGACCAGACUCUCCAGAUUUCUCACGCAUACUUCCCAUCUCUUACGAAAGGAUCGGCCAGCUUGAAGCCAAUCAGUGCUAUCGCGACGCAGCCGUAGAC